AUGUGGACCUGUGAGCGCUGGCCCACCAUCAGGGGACGCUGCCAGACAGGGUGCUGGAGCCCCGAUGGCAGCCGGCUGCUCUUCACCGUGCUGGGCGAGUCCGUCAUCUACUCCUUGUCCUUCUCCGAGUACCGGGGGGAGAUGCAGGGGCAGGUGGGAGGCUCCAAGACAGCCUCGAUCGUGGCAGACCUGUCCGAGACCACCUUCGAGACCCUCUACGGGGAGGAGAGGAUUGGAGGAGAGGUUCAUUCCAUGGUGUGGGACCCCACCGGGGAGAGGCUGGCUGUGAUCAUCAGAGGGUCCCUUUGGCCUUUGCCAGGGCUGCAGUGGCUGCAGACGGGCUCGAGCCACGCUCUGGCUGUGUGCCGCUGGCUGUCCUCGCUGCACGGAUCCCUGUUCCCACACCUGUCCCUGACCAGUGAGGACAUGAUCGCAGCCUUCUCCCAGGCCGUGGACUGGGCCGGCUGCACCAUCAGGGCCUUCGCCUGGCACCCCCACACCAACAAAUUUGCUGUGGCUCUUCUGGACGAUUCCAUCCGUGUCUACAACUCCAACAGUGCCACCGUGCCCUCGCUGAAGCACCGCCUGCAGAGGAACGUGGCUGCCAUGGCCUGGAAGCCUCUCUGUGCCUCCAUCCUGGCCGUGGCCUGCCAGAGCUGCGUGCUCGUGUGGCACCUGGACCCCACCUCCCUCUCCACCAGGUGAGAGCUCCCACCUUCCCUUCCCGGCCAUUGUCACCCCGCU